CCAACAUGGUGCUUAGGUUGUAUGUGCAAGAAUGUGUUACAGUAGAUUUAUUCAAAUCUAUUUGUACGUUUAUGACCACAUAUCCAUCCACUCCGUCAGAAAGUAGCGAAGAAGUAUUCAAAUUUAACCUCAAUAGUCGAGUCCAUUUAUCUGUACUCACGUUGAGUUCAACCCUAGCUGGUGGAUUGAAUGGAGCUAUUCUAGCCAUACAAGAGAAGCAUGGAAUUUGGAGUCAAGGCGAAUGGAAGAGGCCAACAGGGGUUAUCAAACAGGGUGAGGAUAUAUUCGCCGGAAUCGAACGAGAGGUUCUGGAGGAGACUGGGAUCGAUCCGGAAUUUGUCCAAGUGAUUGGUUUCAGUGCUUCCGUUUGUUACGACAAGCUCACCGAGGAAGGUUUGGGAGAAGUUCCGACAUGUUCUCAGAUUAGUUCUUCAUGUGUGUGUUGCGGCCACUCACAUUUAAAAUCACCGCGAAAGCGUCAGAACUGACUAACGCCAGGGCACUUUUGAUCUAAACAUUUGAUCUCUAGUCGUCCUGCCAUAUAAACAAGGUUCCCCUGGUAAAUAACCUUGAUGCAGUUUCAGUGCACUUUCCAACAAUCUGGUACUUUUUGGCUGUGGUUCAGUGGAUUCCACUGCCUAAAUUCCAAAAUCAGGAGUACCUCGCGGAGAGAAAAUAAUGAAGAAGAUGCUGGAUAUGUGCAUUGCAACUACGAACUCAUCUCCGCGCAAAGGCUUCAAAAGACAAGACGUUCAAGCAUGCACAGACAAGCACCCUCAGUACUUCAACGUCAGUGACUAAUUCAUCUGUGUCUGAGGGCUUUCCCCUGGUUUUUAUGCAAUACAGGUAUCCUACCUUCUAAUUUCGUAUUUGCAACUAUCGAUUUUGUUUAAUUGCCAGUUCUGCAAUUUGUGGUAUUCAGCUUCAAAGAUUUCAUGUAAGUUUUUCAGUAUAAGCUGUAUUUUUGCACAUCAAUGCGACUACAGAUAUGCGAAGAAUAGGAUACAAUUUCAGGCUUCAGUACAUAUAUAUUACAUAUAUAAUACAUGCUUCUAUGAACUGAAGUUGGUCUUAUUAUGCCCAACCUUUCACCCACUCUCGCCCUACCACCUGAAUCAUGUCCAUUGUUCUUGGAGAUUGGCUCGGUAGAAGAGUUGCCUUGAAUCAUGGCGUGGCCGCAUGUGCCGACCUUGAAGUCUCAGAGUCUACGCCUCCAUGAAGACCAGCACGUUCAAUUGAUUCCUUUUUCAGCUCCAAGAAUAUGUAGCUCUGGAUUAAAUAAAAGUACGUUCAAUUACAAGGUUUACAAAUCCAGAUUUAUCAUCACACAAAACAUAGUCUCAGACAUAUGUGUAGAUUGACAGGUAGAACAAGAUCAAUAUUCCACCUCAAGCAUCAACUGACAAAACCCGUUACUGUUCAAUCUAUGAAAUGCCGUGCUUUUAUGACCUCUAAAAUACAGAUAUUAGAGCUUU